AUCUCUAGGGACACGCGAGCCUAACGUUCCCACGAUUUAAUUCCCAUUCUUAUAUAUAGGGCCGAGGCCUUCCCCAUGUUGCCUGUUGAUGCCCAGCUUCACCAUAAAACAACGAGAAAACCACGUUUCCUCACUGCAAUGAACCAAGACUCUUACAACAGACCUAUACCGAUACAUCUCAGAACGACCGUGCCAUCAGACAUAUCAUCAUCGCCGCUUUUCAUUCGCCACCACCAGCGCCCGGAGACGGACGAGAAUUCAAUGUGUACCGACGUCCGGUCAAGAACGCCAAGAAGAACGCAGAACAGCAUUAUAAGAAGAAGAAGAGGGAUCUCGACCUGAAUCUCCCGUAGAACCUCUUUAAAAAUGCCACACGCAGUUCCUACUUAUGAGGCGUGCGCCUACAAUGACCCCGCACCCCUCACACCCACCACACCCGACUUGGCCCUCACAACCAAGUCACCAGCCGCAACCACCACCUCCUCUACCACAUCCACAUCUCCCUCCUCCUCCUCCUCCUCACCACCAGCCCUAACAUCCUUCCACCUCUUCCCCCACCUCUACCCCGAGCUCCGCCUCAAAAUCUGGCACAUGGCCCUCGACCUCGGCCCCCGCGUCGUAACAAUCCACUACGAGCCCACGACACACUCCUUCCGCUCCCCCACCCCACCCCCCUCCCUCCUCCACACCAACCGCGAAAGCCGCCACGAAGCCCAGCGCGCAUACCCCCUCCUCUUCGGUACCGCCUCCGCACCAUCACAUAUCCCGUUCCACCCUGCGCACGACACACUUUACUUCCCCCGCCGCAGCACGAUGGGGUAUGACGACUCCCUCCGGGAUUUCGGGGCCUUCAUGGCUACACCUGCCGACCUGGACCGCGUGCGCGUCGUAGCGCUCGACUCGGUUGAUUCCCGCGAGAAGAGGCCGUGGGAGGCGUACGAUAAGGCGGUGUUCGUGAAGUCGUUCCCGCGCCUCGAGAACGUGGUCUUAGUCCGCGGCCCGAAACGCGCGUGGUUGAGUAAUAUCCCGCGCGCGAUGGGGCCGGUAGUUGAGGAGAGGGAGGUGGAGUUUUUGAGGGUAGAAGAGGAGGAAGAGAAGAGGGUUGUGAAGGGGUUUGAGGCUGCGUUUUUUGGGGAGGAGGAGGCGCUGGCGAGGAUUCAUUGUGAGAGGGGGGAGGAUUAUGUUGUGGCGAGGUUGCCGCCUGUGAUGGUGGUUUCGAAGAGGAGAGUUGAAAGGGAAUGAGGAAGAUGAGGAAGAUGAGAGGGAUUGUGUGCUAUUAUUUUCGACAGCGAGCAUGUUUUACUUUUUGGGAGCAUGUUUUGAUAUUUAUUUGGGGGAUUUUUUGUAGGAUGACGGAUGGAUGGAUGGGGUGUACAGCAUAUAUGAGCGACGAUAGUAGACGAGAUACCCGACCUAAGCGUCAGCGAGUCAAUUCAGCACCUGAUCUAGACUAUCUUCAGGGUGGUGUCGAUAUUAUGCUGUAUUGAUUUCUGAACAUCUCGAAGCUUAAGGUCGUCGACAAGCUGUAGUGUGUUGUUUGGAUGGCAUCUUUGUAUUUAUCAAGCAUUGGCUAAGGCCUUGUGUUUAGACUAGUUAUAAUACCUCUUCAUUA